AUGGAUCCAAACCACAGGAGAUUUCAUCCGACAAGCGACCUUGACACGUCGCGUAGCCAAGGCAGUAGUCACGACAAAAACUUCAAUAUGCGAGGACAGCUCACAGCCCUACUUGUCCUCGAGUUCGAAUUCACGUUCCAUAGCGUUUUCAUCAGCCUCAUCCUCUCGACCACGAACAAUCUCAUUACACUGACGGUUAUCUUCGCUUGCCAUCAAUUCUUCCAAGGCCUCGAUUUAGGUUCUCGACUCGCGGUCGCGCAAUGGCCACCGCAUGGACGUUGGUGGCCGUAUGUACUCGCCGUCAUUUUCGGCAUAUCGUCGCCGCUAGCGGUGGCUGUCGGGCUCAUGGCCAAGCCAGAGAGCCCCGAGAUCCAACUCAUCAUGACGGGCGUCUUCGGAGCCAUCAGUGGGGGGAUCCUGUUGUACACAGGGAUGGUGGAGCUGUUGGGGCGAGAGUUUCUGUUGCACUCGGGCAUGAGUCGGGAGCCGUUGAGCGUGAAGUUGUUUGCGUUCGGGUGUGUGGGAUUGGGAGUCGCCGCCAUGGCCGUCUUGGCCAUCUGGGCUUGA